CGUCAUGUGUACAAAAGCCGGCGCCUUUGGCUUCCCCAUCUCCCCUUUCUUCCUUGCCCACCUCCGAGCUCCCACGGCGAAGCAGCGGCGGCGAGCGGGAGGCUAGGCAGUGGAGUCUCUUUCUCUUGCGCGCCCCCCGUGCCGGAAGCACGCGUCAGCCCUCUUCAUCUCACCUGCGGGAAACGCCGGCGCCGGAGCCGGCAUUCUGCUUCAUUGCGCUGCCAUCAUUGUUCGGAGAAAAUGGUUGCGGCAGCCUUUACAGUGGAUUUGGACAAGCCUCUUGUAUUCCAGGUUGGCCAUCUAGAGGAGCAGUAUCAGGAAUGGGUUCACCAGCCGAUUGUUAGCAAGGAAGGGCCACGGUUUUUUGAAAAUGAUGUAUUGGAGUUCUUGACACGCACGAAAUGGUGGGCAGUUCCUCUUAUCUGGUUGCCUGUCGUCUAUUGGUGCUUGAGUACUUCUAUCCAGAUGGGCCGUACAAUUACAGAAGUAGCUAUGAUGGUUGUGUUUGGAAUAUUUCUGUGGACACUGAUCGAAUAUGUGUUGCACCGAUUCUUGUUCCACAUAAAAACUAAAAGUUACUGGGGAAACACAGCGCAUUAUCUUCUUCACGGUUGCCAUCACAAGCAUCCCAUGGAUGGACUUCGACUUGUCUUUCCACCAGCAGCAGCAGCUAUUUUGUGCUUUCCGUUCUGGAACCUGAUCAAGCUAUUUUCAACUCCGUCCACCACUCCUGGCUUGUUUGGAGGUGGCCUGUUGGGUUAUGUGAUCUAUGAUUGCACACACUACUACUUGCAUCAUGGUCAGCCAUCAUCAGAUCCUGCAAAACAUCUCAAGAAAUACCAUCUGAACCAUCACUUUAGAAUUCAAACCAAGGGCUUUGGGAUAACUUCGACCCUGUGGGAUCAUGUAUUUGGCACAUUGCCUUCAACAAAAGCUGCUGACAAGAGCAUUUGAUUUCAACUGAAUCUUCCACCUUGCAAAGGCUAAUAGUGAGAUUUUCAUUGAUCGGUGGUGGAUCUGUUGUAUGAGUUACUAUUAAUCAGUUUCUGAAUCUUCUCUGCCUACCAACUGCGGAUCUAAUCACCAGUUGCAGGCUCGCAGACAUCACUGAAGUUUCUCUCCGGUGCUUCCUCCCUCCAAGAACAAUUUCAUUUCAAGUCCAGUUCAUCAGUGAUCAUUCAGAUUGUCUGUAAUGUCUGUUGUUAGAUUACCAUGUAUGUACAGAGUUUUCUAGUAUAGCCUCUGCAAUCGCUUUUGGUAGCCACAGACAGAUAUAUAUCUACAUAAUUUUGAGACAAGUAAUUUCUUAACAGAUUGGACUUUUCUCAUUGCAA